AUGGGAGCUGUCAAAUCACCAGCUGUAGAGCUCCGAAGCCUCCUCAGUUUUUUGGUGGUAUUAGUGGAGGGGUGGCAUGAUUUAGAUAACAAAGACUAUGAUUGUUGGCCCCUGGAAAAGCCAGAUGAGUAUAAUAUGCUGGACUGCGGAGGACUGGAGAUGACAUGGGUGGAAAGGCCUCCAGAAAAGGCUGUGAGUGGGGAGUCCUUCAACGUGACUUAUGCCGUCUUUGCUUCAGACAGUUUUUAUCAAUAUGCUGUGCAAAAUGGAAUCCUUUCCCACAGGUAUGUUAGCAAUGCUACUGCUGCAAAGGAAUUCUGUGAGGAGCAUGACUGUCCUGCCAGAUGGAAAGAUGCAAAUGGGGACAACUGCUGUGUCUACCAUGCCAACAUUCAUUCCUGUCCUUUGGCCUUUAUGGCUAAAGGAGGAAUAUGUGGUCCAUGGAUCCCAGAUGAUGGUCAGAUAUUUACUCACACGUUGUCUGCUGCUGGCAAAAUGAGCCAAAGGAACUGGACUGCCAAGGUUGUUUUAGUUCACGUGGGUGUGACUUCUCUCAUCGCACACAUCAGAGUUGGGAGAAUCCAAGCUGCUCUGGAAGCAAAAACCACAGUCCUUCCUGCAGCAGUCUGUGGAGAUGGCUUUUGUGAGGAAGAAGAAGGCUGCUCUAUCUGUCCAGCAGACUGUGGGGAAUGCCCUCUUUCUGUUGAUGUUAGGAUAGCAAUUGCCUUACCAAUAUGUUUAGUCUGCACUGGCUUCAUUUUGACAGUCAUGUGGUUUCAAUAUCAGAAACAAAAGAUGCUUUGGGAUGAAAGCUGGAUUAUAGACUUCACCUGCAUCAAACAAGAUUGCAUUAUACGGACAGCAACAGGAAGCAUGAUGAGUGCUCCCCCAGCACUCAGUGACUCCAAUGUCAGUUGUGCUACUACUCUGAGCUCCUGCACAGCAGCGGCCAACAUGUCCAGGAGGAAAUACUUCACCCAGACUGGGAGAUAUGAUGGUAGAACAGUGGCCAUAAAGAAAAUAAUGAAGAAGGCAUUCACACUGUCUAAAACCAUACGUAAAGAAGUAAAGCAAGUGAGGGAACUUGACCAUCCCAAUCUCUGCAAAUUCAUUGGAGGUUGUAUAGAAGUUCCAAAUGUUGCCAUUGUUACAGAGUACUGCCCCAAAGGCAGCCUGAGUGAUGUGCUCCUCAAUGAAGAUAUUCCUUUGAACUGGGGUUUCAGGUUUUCUUUUGCUACCGAUAUUGCUCAAGGAAUGGCCUAUCUCCACCACCACAAAAUGUAUCAUGGUCGGUUGAAGUCUAAUAACUGUGUGAUAGAUGACCGGUGGGUUUGUAAAAUUGCAGAUUAUGGCUUGCAGUCAUACAGAAAAGAAGAUUUUCCUGAUGGAUCAAAUUCGUCCCAGCAGCAUUUGAUACAGAUUUACACAGCUCCUGAAAUACAUACUCUUUCAGAUUUUGAACCCAAUUCUAUGUCCGAUGUCUACAGUUAUGCCAUCAUUUUACUAGAAAUUGCCACAAGAAGUGACCCUCUGAAAGAUGAUGUGCAUUCAGCUGAAUAUUCUUGGUGCCCACCUUUGGCAGAAUGCAUUUCAGGAAAGGCUGAGAAUUCUUGCCCAUGUCCUGCAGAUUAUGUAGAGUUAAUUGAAAGGUGCAGAAAAAAUAAUCCAUCCCAAAGGCCUACAUUUGAACAAGUCAAGAAAAUGUUGUACAAGAUGAAUCCUGUUAGCCCUGUUGACAUGAUGAUGACUCUGAUGGAGAAAUAUAACAAACAUCUGGAGAUAUUGGUUUCUGAGAGAACCCAGGAUUUAAUGCAUGAAAAACAGAAGACUGAUCGUCUGUUGUAUAGUAUGUUGCCAAAACAAGUAGCAGAUGAUCUCAGGCAGGGAAAACAGGCACAAGCUCAAAGUUACUCAAGUGCCACCAUCUUCUUCAGUGACAUUGUUGGCUUCACUGAGCUGUCCAGCAGCAGCACACCAUACCAAGUGGUAGAUCUCUUGAACAAGCUUUAUACCACUUUUGAUGAAAUCAUAGAUAACUAUGAUGUCUAUAAAGUGGAGACCAUAGGAGAUGCCUAUAUGGUGGUGUCGGGAGUACCCAAGGAGAAUGGGAUCCUUCAUGCUGGUGAGAUUGCAAGCAUGGCUUUAGACCUUCUGGAUGUCUGCAGGACUUUUAAGAUCCCACACAAGCCUAAUACCCUUCUAAAGAUAAGAGCAGGAAUACAUUCAGGGGCAGUUGUAGCUGGAGUUGUUGGAACCAAAAUGCCACGGUACUGUUUAUUUGGAGAUACUGUGAACACAGCUUCCAGGAUGGAAUCUACCAGUGAAGCUCUUAAAAUACAGUGCAGUUCAAGUGCAUACCAGCUGUUGGAGCAGAUUGGAGAGUAUGUGUUAGUAUGCCGUGGGAAUUUACAAGUCAAGGGGAAAGGAGACAUGGUCACAUACUGGCUUGAAGGUAAGAAAGCUUCUGUCACCCAGAAGGCAGUCACCAGCACUUCUGUGACUCCUCAAGAUGCCAACAGAUUUUCAUAUAGUCCGAUACCAGGUGUCUUUCCCAGUGAUCCUCUCUGA